AACAACACAACUCAGCUACAUAUUUUGUUAGAUCAAAAAUUAUUAUGAAUUUCUACAUUAUAUUCAUAACAGUAAUUUUAGCAUUAGUACAAGUAAAGGCCUAUAUGAAAGAGAUGCUUGACAAAAUAGACAUGGCCUGCCGUGAAGAAGUCCCGGUCAGCGAGAACGAAUUGUACACUUUUUAUGGAAAUUAUAAGCAAAAGCCUGAGGAAGCUAUAAUGUGUUUAUUAAAGUGUUAUGUGGAAAAACAUGGUAGCUGGAAGAAUGGCGCCUUUGAUGAAAAUGGUGCAAGAGAGUAUUUACUAGGCAUACCCACCUUAAGAUAUCGACCGGAUGCUGUUAGCAAGAUCAUAGAUGAUUGCAAACACCAAAAGGGUUCCUCAGAAUGUCAUACCGCCUAUCUGAUUAUAGUAUGUAUGACCGAACAUGAAGCUGUUAUAGUGUAAAGUGUUAUUGAGAAUUAAGUGCUAGUUAUUGUUGUUUCAUCAUUUUGAAAGAAUAUAUUUUUAAACAAUAUAAUAUAGUAUAAUAAUCAUAAU